UUUCUGUUAUAAUUCAUAUUGUAUAAUAUUAGAAUUUUGUAAACAUUUUCAACAUUGUUAUUAAAUUUGACAAAUAUAACGUUACCAUUAUCGAUGAGAUCUUUCAAGUUAUACUUUGUAACAAUAUGUAGGCUUAAAUUUCAAUUCAAAAUAGGAAUGGUAGCUGUUGGAGCUACAGUUUUAAUGGCAACUAGUGAAGAAACAUCAAAUAGAACACAAAAUAAUUCUAUACAAUAUGAAAAUCAAAAUAUUUGCUCUCACUAUAAUGAGAUACAUAAUAAUGAGCAAAAUUCAGAAUGUCAAAUUAGAAAAAAUAUAACAUCUUGUAAUAUAAACAAAAAUAAAAAUCGUAGCUCCAUGUUGGAAAAAAAUAGUCGGAUGAUUUCAAGAUCAGAAAAUAGGGAGAGUAAUAAAAACUAUACAUUGUAUAAAACAGCACCAGUUCGUGAAACCAAAGCUUCAAGAUUACGUGCUGCUUCCAUUAUAUCACCUAAUGGUGGAACAAUGUCAUAGAAGUUAACUAUGUCUGAAAAUUCUACACCUUUGAGUCUUCAACCUAGUACUAGUUUAUCAUUUAAAGAUGAACAUCCAAUAUCAAAUAAUAGUAGUAUUACAAAUUUUCCACGAGAAAGAGAUAAAAGUUAUAAACGAAAAUCAUAUUUAAAUCGAUCACUUAAUAUGGAAACAACAAAAGAUCAUUUAAAUCAAUCUGAAAGUAAUAUUAAACAAACUAAAAGACAAUCAAAUAAACGAGACUACAUAUCUGAUACAAUAUCUACUUCAAAUUCUAGUAAUGAAUUUCAAUCAACUAAUUUAAGUAAAAAGUCCUUUGAUUCAAAAAUCACUUAUGAAAAAGUUAAAGAAAAUUAUUCUAAAACUUAUACAUUGCCUUCACUUAAUUCUUCUGCAAGCAGUAAACAUUUAAAUGUACAACGAAUUAGUGGUGGACAUAGUGAUUCAGAAGUUUCUCGAAGAGUUGAUGCAUUAACAGCAUUAACAAAAUCUGCAAUAGAACGUGUAGAAAGACUUAAAUCGCAUGCCAAUUUUCCGCCAAGUUGUGAAUCACGAUUAGAGAAUCAUUCAUCUAAUACAUCAUGUCAAAUAAUUUUUUCUUCUAAUACAGAAAAUAAUAUGCGUAUAUUGCAAUUAUCACCAAGAAAAAAUUCUAUUUUAAAAAAAUCAAAUGAUGAACAUUCUCAAGAUGGAUCUUUAAGUCAUCAACAUAUACCGGUUUCAAUUCUCAAACAUAAAAUAUCUGAUAUUGAUACUAGUCAAAAUGUAUCUAAUACAAUAAAUCAUGCAGUUUUGCCUGUAACAUUUUCACCAUCUGUUAGAGAACCAACACAUAAAAGACAUGGUAUCUUAAAAAAGCGCAGUAGCUUAGAUGAAAGUGAAAUACUUCGACGGCGCAGUUGCUCACCUGACAUUUCAUCUACUGACAAUAUAUAUUCUGAAUUUAGGCCAAUAUUAAAAAAUCAGAGACGAUCAUCUUUAGAUGAAAUUGUUAAGAGGGAUCAGAGUCCAGAUCCUCAGCCUACUUCUAUAUUAAAACGAAAAUCAUCUAGAGAAGAUGAUAGAGAAGAUCGUCAAAUUAGUUCUACAGAACCACAGGGUAUACUUAAGAGAAAAUCUACAAAUAGCCAACGAAUAACUAAUGUUAACCAUCACAUAACUAUUACAAUGGAAACAACAAAUAUGGGUAAUCCUGAAAUACUUGAUAGUUCUGAGGUGAGACCAAUCUUAAAAAAAAAACAUAGUAGAGAAGAAUCAUUUGGUAGUGAUCCUCCAUCUUUAGAACCACGACCAAUAUUAAAAAAGAAAUCGAGCACAGAAUCAGAUGAACAUGACGAUAAACCUAAAAAAACUAUUUUGAAAUGUACUCGAAAGAAUUCACAAGAUGAAUGUAACUAUGAAACAGAAUUGACUUCGCCAAAAAAAUUAUCAAUGCUUAAAAAUCGUACUUUACAAAAUAGAACGAGCGGAGUAUUAGAAAAUGAUCCUGUACGACCUAUAUUGAAACAAUCCAGCAAUAGAGACAACGAAUCACGAGUCCGUUUAAAUCUAUAUGAUGAAACAGUUAUUAGUGAUGAUAUGUGUAUAGAACCAUUAAAUUUAUUUUUGCGAAAAAGAGCACAAUCAGUGGGUCAUAUUCAACCUUCUAAUAUUCCUAAUGAAUUUACUGGUGUACUUAAUAAAAGAAGAUCUCUUGAAUUAAUAUCUGUGAAUGCUAUAUCAGAAGAAAAAUCACAACUAAAAUUAACAACUAAUAACACCUUAAAAACAGAUCUUUCUCUGAAUGAUGAGAGUGCCAAUACUUCUAUUGUUUCUUGUGCCAAAAUGUACAGCACAACAAAAGAAAAACUUACAGAGAAGGAAAAUCAAACUACAACAGUAUUUGAAAGUGAAGAAAAAAGUAGAUUGAAUUCACAUGAACUUCUUGUAAAUAGUAAUAGUAGUGAUAAUAGUAGUUCUUCAGUUUUUAAUAGAAUGAAUGAUAAAGAAUAUUUAAAUAAUGAAACACAGUGUUUACAAGAAAAAACAGAUGUUGAAAACAUUCAAGAAGGUAAUGAUGUGCAUCAUACCAACAGUGUUUCUAAAAUGACGUUGCAUUUUAAAACUUUACAAGAAAAAGCAAACUCUAAAGAAAAAGGUAGCAUGUCCCAAAAAAUAUCGAGCAACACUUCACGUAACAUACAACGAUAUAGAGAACGAAAGAAUCAAGGUAACGAUAGAUUUAAUACUCAACCAGUAACUUUUCAAGAAGUGCAAGAAGCAGUUUUACAAAAUCAACGUAAUGCUACUACAUUAGUUAAAAAAUCAAGUUUGGCAGAAAAUAAUAUAACUACAACUGAUGACGAAUUUGAUCCUUCUAAAUUAAGUUUAGCGGAACGAGUACGUUUAUUCAAUAAAAAAAUUGAUACUGAAAAAUGUUCAAAUAAUUUAUCAUUGGAAAAAUAUUCACGAAGACGGCCGGCUGCUCGUUAUAAAACACAACCAGUUACAUCGAAAGAAGUUGAAGUAGCAUCUCGAAUAUCUCCAUUGAAUACUAUUAAUCAAUGUCCAUUAAAUACUGAUGAUUUACCAAAAAGCAUUUUAAAACCUGUUGCAUUACAUGUACAUAAUACAUUGCAAGAGAAAAGUUCUGAACUCGAAGGAAUGAAAUUAAUAAAAUCUGUACUUAAAAAAGAAUCUGAAGAAUUAGAACAACAAACACUUGAAAAUUUUAAUAUUUCAUCACAUUCUAUAUUAGAAUCUAAUAUGGAAAAAAAUAAGAUAAGAAGUAUAAUGGAAAAUAAUUAUUCAUCAGAAUAUGAUUUAAGUUAUGCCUAUAAUGAAAAGGAUAAUCAUAUAGAAGAUAGACAACAUAAAAUUAAACAAAAAUAUCCAGUGCCUUUUCACAAAUGUAAUAUUCAAGAUGAAUUAAAUAGAAAAUUCAAAUCUAAACCACAUAACAUAGAUAAUGUUCAAACUGUAAUUACUACUAAAAAAUAUGAAGAAACACUUCAUACAUCUGGAAAUAAGAUAUGUACUCUAAAUCAGGAAACAUGUAGCACAAAAGAUGAAAUUGUAUCUUCUAAUCGCCAUCCUAUAUUUUCAAAACAUACCAGGUAUAAUCCACUGUUAAAGAGUAUCAGUCAUCACGCGAUUAACAACAAAACGAAUGAAAAUGAAUCAAAUAGUGCAACAACAGAAAAGCAACAUGGUGUAUCUCUUCCAGGAUUAUGCCGUAGCAUAACACAAACAAUACACACAAUUGAUACUAAUGAUGGCCCAAGUAUGAGUAUUGCAGAACGAUUAGCUGCAUUACAACGCAGCGGAAAUACAAAUUGGAAGCGACGUAUAACUUCUGAACAUAGCUCAUCUAAUUCAUCGGAUGGAAUAUGUUCCAAUUUAUCAAAUAAAGAAGAAUUGAGUAUCAAGCAAGGAGUGCUUGCAGAUUGUCUUGGAAAGUUAGAAUCCGCAACAGAAGGUUGGAAAAAAAGAAUAGCUGUUACAGAUGUAACAAAGUUUACAGUAGCUGGCAAAAUGAAAGUAGAACAACAGGAAAAUUUAGAUCCAGGACCAUCUUCACCACUUAUUGAAGUUACAGGAAAUAUUAUAGAUAGAAAGAAGAAAACUCCUCGUCCUGAAAGAUUUAGAACAAAAAAAGGAUACAAAAUGGAUGUUAUGUCUAUGCCAACUAGUCCAAACAAGGAUUCAUAUAUUAAAUUACGAGGAAGUUUCUCUGAACCUACAAGUGAUGAUAGUGCUGAAGAAUUGAAAAUGGGAAAGAAUGAGUUACCUGUUGUCUCAAUACCUAAGAUAGAUGACGAAACAUUCACUUCUUUUUUUACUGGAAUUUCAUUAGAAAAAUGCGAAGCUGAAUCUGUUGAUUUAAAUGAAAGUGAUUUUGAUAUAAUUACAUCGCAAUCAGAAUUAUUUAUAUUUUUAUAGAUUAGUUCAAAAACGAAUAUACGAUUGAAACGACGACGUAUUAUGUCUAGAAAUCCACUUAAAACGCUUGCAGCUCGUACUGAUUUGAAAUCAGAGUAUACUGAAAUCCGGACUGGUAUUGCAGAAAAAGUAAUGAAGCAAUUAAAUGUUGAGAAACUAGCUAAGAAUUCAUCAUUAGCUAUGGAAGCACUAGCUGGUCUAGCUUCUACUGAAGACUUUAGUAAUAUAACACUAAGGAAUAUAGCAGAAACAAAUAUUUCUUCAAAUAAAUUACAACCAUAUAAAGAUUUAAUGUUAAUUUUAAUUAAAGGCAGAAGACAUGUACAAGUGAGAUUAGUUGAACCAGUCGCGGAGAGUAUAAAUAGUGGUGAUAAUUUUGUUUUAGUAACAAAAUCAGAGGUUUAUAAUUACAUUGGAAAAUAUUGUAAUGUUAUUGAAAAAGCACGAGGUGCAGAAAUUGCAAUGAGUAUUCAACAAAAUAAAGAUCUUGGUUGUCAAACAUCUCAAGUUAUUAUUAUUAAUGAAGAUAAAAUAACAUGCACAAAAAGUCAACUACAAAAAUUUUGGAAUUAUCUUGGUAUAGAAAAUGAUAAUGUGGAUGUUAUUGAUGGCGGACAUCCUGAUGAAGAUGAACUUUAUGAAACAUUUAUGAUAGAUACAAAUAUGGUAUAUGAAAUUAAAGAUGAAGAAUUAGUACCACUUGAAAAAUAUUGGGGUAUUAUACCAAAAAUUGAAAUGCUUGAUCCAAAUAAGGUAUUAGUAUUUGAUUUUGGCAGUGAAAUGUAUAUAUGGAGUGGUAAAGGAGCUUCAACUGAUAAAAAGAGACUUGCUACACAUCUUGCUACAGAAAUGUGGCAAGAAGGAUAUGAUUAUUCAGAAUGUACUGUGUGUCCAAUUAGUGCGGCAUCUAUGAUUGGUAGACGCACUAUAUCAAAAGCAGAUUUAAAAUCUGCUAAAGUCAGACCUAAAUGGUGUUUACUUGCUAAGUUGACACAACAUGUCGAAACAAUACUUUUUAGGGAAAAAUUUCUUGACUGGCCAAAUGUUUCUGGUAUAAUACGAGUUCGAGGUAUUAAAAAUGAAGAACAUGUUGAUGGAACUGUAACUAUAGAAAUGUGCAAUAUUAAUGUUCUAUUAGAAGAAUGUACUAUUCCAGUUGAUUUAGUUCUUGAAGGAACUCAUUUAGGAAGAGGUACUGGUUGGUAUGAUAAUGAGCUAAUGAAACAAUUUAUUGUUACAACAACGGGUGUAAAAGUAUGGCAUAUUGAUGAAUUUUCACAUACUCUUUUGGAUGAUUCAUCUGUUGGACAAUUUUAUUCUGCAGAUAGUUAUAUUGUAUAUUGGAUGUAUUCUGUUACAAUUACUGGCCGUGAACUUAGUGGUUUGCCGUCAAAACAUUCUGCAAAGGGUCGUGAUCGUUCAGUAUAUUUUAUUUGGCAAGGUCAAAAUGCGUCUUUAAAUGAACAAGGCGCUGCAGCAUUAUUAACUAUCGAAUUAGAUAAUGAUCAAGCACCUCAGCUUCGUGUAGUUCAAGGACACGAACCAGCAGCAUUUUUGAAUUUAUUUUCUGGAGGAAUGAUUGUACAUAAUGGCAAAAAAAUGAAUACAAAAUGCGAUGAACGAUGGCGAUUGUAUAUAUGUCGUGGUACUUUAGAGUCAGAGGUGUCUUUAAUAGAGAUUCCUUGCAGUACUCGUCAAUUACGAAGCAGAAGUUCUCUUAUAUUAUUAGAUACAAAAAAUAAAAAAAUCUAUGUGUGGCAUGGAUCUAAUUCAUUACCUCAUAUAAAAAAAAAUGUAAUUAAUGCUGCUGCUAAAUUGAAAAAAAAUCGACCUCGGGAAACAGGUUUAACAUUUGAAGGCAAUAUAGAAAUUUUUGAAAUUGAUGAGGGAUUGGAACCAGAAGAAUUCAUUAAUGCAUUAGGACAAAUGAACAAAAAGCUGUAUGUUUCAUUAGAAAAAGAUCAAAUACAAGAACAUACUCCAAGAUUGUUUCAUUUAUCAAGCAUUUCUAAAGAAUUUAAAUCUGUAGAAAUAUUGUGUCCGCAUCGUGCUUCUUUGCCAACUCCAUUUCCUUUUCUACAGGAAGAUUUAUAUCAAGCUCAUCAACCAGCUUUGUUUUUAUUGGAUAACAAAAAUGAAUUGUGGAUAUGGCAAGGGUGGUGGCCUAAUAUCGGAGCAGAAGAUCAAUCUGGUAGUAAAGCAGUUAGAUGGCAAGCUGAAAGAAGAGCAGCCAUGACAAUGGCUAUGCACUAUUGGCAAAAAAUUCAUCCAGAGAUUAAUAAAUAUCCAAUUUAUCUAGUCUGGGCUGGUCUUGAACCUUUGCAAUUUAUAAAUUUAUUUCCUACAUGGAUAUACCGUGAUGAUAUUGCAGAAUUGAAUAUAGAGGAUGGUCGAAAUCCUGGAGAAGUAUUGACUGUGGAGAAUGAAUUAGUUCGAUUGACACAAAGUACAUACCCUCCGGCUCAAUUAUUACAACGACCAUUACCAGAAGGAGUUGAUCCUACACACCUAGAAUUGUAUUUAUCUCAGCAACAUUUUCAAGAAUUGCUAGGUAUGACUAAAGAAGAAUUUCAAGAACUUCCAAUGUGGAAACAAGUGAACCUUAAAAAAGAAAUAGGACUUUUCUGAUGAAACGUCCAGACUGCCGAUUCUACGAAAAAUAGCUGCCCUUGUAAAGCGAUUAAUAAAGUUUUUGUUAAUUGUUUUAUCAUGUUUAUAACUUUAAAUUUUUUAAUUUCUCAGUAUAUGAAUGCCUAUUUAAGAUGCCUAAAGUUGCCUAUUGAUAAAAGAGAAACUAAUAUUAUUAUACAAUUAAAGAUAUAUUUACUACUAUUUCAAAUAUAAUAUAUACUACAUACAUAUGUGUACCUGUGCGUGCACGAACAUAAAUAGGUGAUUAUAUAUUUUUAAUACAUACUAAACAUAAAUUGGCUUGUGAAUAUUUCCUUUAUAUUUGUAUGGGUUUUAUAUUCAAUGAUAAUACAAUGUUUUAGAAUGGCUUAUUCUUACAUGUGUAAUAUUUGUACAAGAGUGACUGUAUUCUUUACAACAUACUCCAUGUUUUUGAACAGUAUUCAAUGAAAUUUCUCAAUGUUGU